AUGGAUUACUAUACACUUGUAUUUAGAACAAUUUUUGCUUUGGGUUUUCUUUAUACUCUAGCCAAAUUAUCCAGUAGAGGCAGCAAAAGACUUCCACCAGGGCCAUCACCAUGGCCAAUUAUUGGGAACUUUCACUUGUUAGGAGCAAAACCACAUGUAUCACUAGCCAAUCUUGCAAAAAAUUAUGGUCCAAUUAUGAGUUUAAAACUAGGCCAAAUGACCACAGUGGUCAUUUCUUCUUCAACCAUUGCAAAACAAGUUCUUAAAACUCAAGAUGAAGCCUUUUCAACUAGAUUUAUUCCUAACGUGGUUCAAGCACACAACUAUAGCAAAUUCUCUGUGGUAUGGCUUCCUGUUUGUCCUCAAUGGCAAACACUUAAGACAUUUUUGAACACAAAAAUCUUCUCUUCAAAUAGACUUGAUGCAAAUCAACAUCUAAGAUCUCAAAAGGUGAAAGAAUUGAUUGCUUAUUGUGAAAAAUGUAGCCAAGAAGGUGAAGCUUUGAAUGUAAGUCAAGUUGCUUACAAGACUAAUCUCAACUUGUUGUCGAACACCCUUUUCUCGAAAGAUUUGGCCGACCCUUUUUCGGAUUCAAAGGUUGAGUUGAGCGACGUGCUCUGGCGCAUCAUGCAUGAGGUUGGGAAGAUCAACCUAGUGGAUUUUUUCCCCAUACUUGAAAAGAUUGAUCUUCAAGGAAUACGACGUCAGUCAAACAUUCAUUUUGGUAAGUUUUUUGAACUUUUUGAUGGUUUGAUUAACGAGCGAUUGGAGGAAAAAAGAAGAAGAUGCAGCGAAAAGAGUGAUAUUCUGGAAGUUAUUCUCAACCACAGUGCAGAAAAUCCUAAAGGGAUCGAUCAUAAUCAUAUAAAAUCCAUGUUCCUGGAUUUAAUUUUUGCUGGUACUGAUACAACUAUAACCACAUUAGAAUGGGCAAUGGCAGAAAUACUUAGACAUCCAGAAAUAAUGAAUAAAGCCCAAGCUGAGCUUGCAGAAGUCGUCGGAAAAGGAAAACCAAUAGAAGAAGGUGAUGUAUCACGACUCCCUUACUUGCAGUAUAUCGUCAAAGAAACAUUAAGAAUACACCCACCAGCUACACUCUUAAUUCCCCGCCAAGUAGACCAGGAUGUUGAAUUGUAUGACUAUAUCAUUCCAAAGGGCACACUAGUACUAGUCAACGUGUGGGAGAUAGGUCGAGAUCCUAUGUUUUGGAAGGACCCUUUGGUGUUCAGACCUGAGAGAUUUCAGAGUUUAGAAUUGGAUGUGCGAGGAAAAGAUUUUGAAUUGACUCCAUUUGGCGCUGGCCGAAGAAUAUGCCCUGGUAUGCCACUGGCAUUGAGAAUGGUUCAAGCGAUGUUAGGCUCGAUGUUGAAUUCGUUCAAUUGGAAACUUGAGGCAGACAUUGAACCACAAGACUUAGACAUGGAAGAGAAAUCUGGUUUCAUCACACCCAAAGCAAUUCCUUUACGAGCUAUCCCAUAUCCUCUUUGAGUUUACAUUCUCUAUAUAUUUUUAUCAUUUUCUUUAAUACAAAGAAGAAUAAAAGUUAGAAGAAAGGAUGAUCAGAAUAAAUGUAAUAAUUUUCAAACUUUG